AUGGACAACCGCGAUCCCUUCAAGGACCUGACGUUUGAUGGUCGCCCUGCAGGUUACCGUGACUUCAGGCGGAAGGUCAUCCUUGGGGUCGCAGGUUUGGAAGACAAGGUUCAGCACCUUGCUGGGCCGCGCCUGCUUCAGCGACUGUCUGGCGAAGCAUGGAGGGCCACGGAGCAUCUCUCCAUCUCACAGAUUCGCGAAGAUGGUGGGUGGCUCAAAGUCUUGGAGGCUUUGGAUGCCCACUACAAGUUUCUCCCGGAAACCGAGCUGCACGAGGCCAUCGACGAGUUUCUCUUCUUGUUGAAACGCCGAGCUAACGAAGGACGCCAACAGUGGUACAGGACACCGGAGAUGCUCCUCGCGAUCCUGGUGCAGCUGCAUCCUCCCGCGAAGCUCUGGUCAGAAGACUGGGUCCACAGCUGGUCUUCGUUGGACAGUACGCCUGGGUAA